AUGCUAUCUCCAGGUUUUUUUAAAAAGAGAAAUUGGUCUUCAUUUUCCUUACUCCCACUUAGCGAGCAAAAUUUCUGCUUCAAUAAUUUUUCUAAAAAUAAUUUUAUUAAAAAUUAUAUAUAACUCAGCAAGAAUAGGUGGCUGGCUUUAUCAGUAGAGUAGUUUACUGGUUUUAAAAAGACCCAAAGGCCUAUAUAAAAAAUUUUUAGAUUUAUAUUUGAGAUAAAUAUACAUUUUUUUGCCAUCAUGGCAGACACCAGCAAGCUACAGGAAAAGCACAAUGCACUGGUGAAUUUAGGCUUUAACGAAGAAGGAGCAAGAAGAGCACUGAGACUGUGUGGAGGUGACGUUGAUCAAGCUUUUAGUCUUCUACUACUAUUGGAAGAGCGUGGAUUGGAAUGUGAGGAUGUAGAUGAGAGCGAAGAUGAAGAUGAAAGUGAGGAGGCUGAAGAUGUAUAUGAAAUAUUUGAAGAUGAUGAUCCAGGGUUUGCUGAUACUAGUAUUUCCGAAACUAAAGACUUUAGCUACACAAAAGAGGACCUUAAAUGAUGAAGAAUGAUAUGGUGUAGACGGAGAUAUUAUUGAUGCAGACGGAAAGGAGGAGAAAAAUAAUGGAAUUGAAUGAAAAAUAAAUGAAAUUGAAUGAAAUAAGUUGAAAUCUGAUGAGAAUGAGUGCCACCAAAAGAAAAUUCAGGCUCAGAUUGGAAGGAAAAUUUGCCGCGAAAAAAGGGAUGUAAGAGAAUUCAAAAAUAAAUAUGGCGGGCUGAAAAAGAAAUGAUUCAGUCAAGUUAAGGAAACCAAUAAGUGAUGAAGGAGAUCUGAAGCUAAAGAAAUUAAAGAGAAAAUGAAAAUGAAGAAGUGCCAGAUACUUAAAGUAAAUGCUGCAGCAAAGAAUUUUAUAAAAAUUACUGAUAGAAAUUUGAAUUUAGUGGAUUUUGUGCUGGAUUCUUGAAAAUACGAAGAAGAAGGGAAAAAAGCGAGUUGAAAUUAAAAAGAAGUCAAAUUGAUGAAAUUGAUUUUCAUGUUGAGGAAUUUAUCAAAUUAAUUACUGAAAGCAAAAAAUUAAGACGCCUCGGGCGUGAUAUAACGUAAAAUAAUAAUAAAUAAUAAUAAUAAUAAUAAUAAUAAUAAUAAUAAUAAUAAUAAUAAUAAUAAUAAUAAUAAUAAUAAUAAUAAUAAUAAUAAUAAUAAUAAUAAUAAUAAUAAUAAUAAUAAUAAUAAUAAUAAUAAUAAUAAUAAUAAUAAUAAUAAUAAUAAUAAUAAUAAUAAUAAUAAUAAUAAUAAUAAUAAUAAUAAUAAUAAUAAAUAAUAAUAAUAAUAAUAAUAAUAAUAAUAAUAAUAAUAAUAAUAAUAAUAAUAAUAAUAAUAAUAAUAAUAAUAAUAAUAAUAAUAAUAAUAAUAAUAAUAAUAAUAAUAAUAAUAAUAAUAAUAAUAAUAAUAAUAAUAAUAAUAAUAAUAAUAAUAAUAAUAAUAAUAAUAAUAAUAAUAAUAAUAAUAAUAAUAAUAAUAAUAAUAUAAUAAUAAUAAUAAUAAUAAUAAUAAUAAUAAUAAUAAUAAUAAUAAUAAUAAUAAUAAUAAUAAUAAUAAUAAUAAUAAUAAUAAUAAUAAUAAUAAUAAUAAUAAUAAUAAUAAUAAUAAUAAUAAUAAUAAUAAUAAUAAUAAUAAUAAUAAUAAUAAUAAUAAUAAUAAUAAUAAUAAUAAUAAUAAUAAUAAUAAUAAUAAUAAUAAUAAUAAUAAUAAUAAUAAUAAUAAUAAUAUAAUAAUAAUAAUAAUAAUAAUAAUAAUAAUAAUAAUAAUAAUAAUAAUAAUAAUAAUAAUAAUAAUAAUAAUAAUAAUAAUAAUAAUAAUAAUAAUAAUAAUAAUAAUAAUAAUAAUAAUAAUAAUAAUAAUAAUAAUAAUAAUAAUAAUAAUAAUAAUAAUAAUAAUAAUAAUAAUAAUAAUAAUAAUAAUAAUAAUAAUAAUAAUAAUAAUAAUAAUAAUAAUAAUAAUAAUAAUAAUAAUAAUAAUAAUAAUAAUAAUAAUAAUAAUAAUAAUAAUAAUAAUAAUAAUAAUAAUAAUAAUAAUAAUAAUAAUAAUAAUAAUAAUAAUAAUAAUAAUAAUAAUAAUAAUAAUAAUAUAAAUAAUAAUAAUAAUAAUAAUAAUAAUAAUAAUAAUAAAUAAUAAUAAUAAUAAUAAUAAUAAUAAUAAUAAUAAUAAUAAUAAUAAUAAUAAUAAUAAUAAAUAAUAAUAAUAAUAAUAAUAAUAAUAAUAAUAAUAAUAAUAAUAAUAAUAAUAAUAAUAAUAAUAAUAAUAAUAAUAAUAAUAAUAAUAAUAAUAAUAAUAAUAUAAUAAUAAUAAUAAUAAUAAUAAUAAUAAUAAUAAUAAUAAUAAUAAUAAUAAUAAUAAUAAUAAUAAUAAUAAUAAUAAUAAUAAUAAUAAUAAUAAUAAUAAUAUAAUAAUAAUAAUAAUAAUAAUAAUAAUAAUAAUAAUAAUAAUAAUAAUAAUAAUAAUAAUAAUAAUAAUAAUAAUAAUAAUAAUAAUAAUAAUAAUAAUAAUAAUAAUAAUAAUAAUAAUAAUAAUAAUAAUAAUAAUAAUAAUAAUAAUAAUAAUAAUAAUAAUAAUAAUAAUAAUAAUAAUAAUAAUAAUAAUAAUAAUAAUAAUAAUAAUAAUAAUAAUAAUAAUAAUAAUAAUAAUAAUAAUAAUAAUAAUAAUAAUAAUAAUAAUAAUAAUAAUAAUAAUAAUAAUAAUAAUAAUAAUAAUAAUAAUAAUAAUAAUAAUAAUAAUAAUAAUAAUAAUAAUAAUAAUAAUAAUAAUAAUAAUAAUAAUAAUAAUAAUAAUAAUAAUAAUAAUAAUAAUAAUAAUAAUAAUAAUAAUAAUAAUAAUAAUAAUAAUAAUAAUAAUAAUAAUAAUAAUAAUAAUAAUAAUAAUAAUAAUAAUAAUAAUAAUAAUAAUAAUAAUAAUAAUAAUAAUAAUAAUAAUAAUAAUAAUAAUAAUAAUAAUAAUAAUAAUAAUAAUAUAAUAAUAAUAAUAAUAAUAAUAAUAAUAAUAAUAAUAAUAAUAAUAAUAAUAAUAAUAAUAAUAAUAAUAAUAAUAAUAAUAAUAAUAAUAAUAAUAAUAAUAAUAAUAAUAAUAAUAAUAAUAAUAAUAAUAAUAAUAAUAAUAAUAAUAAUAAUAAUAAUAAUAAUAAUAAUAAUAAUAAUAAUAAUAAUAAUAAUAAUAAUAAUAAUAAUAAUAAUAAUAAUAAUAAUAAUAAUAAUAAUAAUAAUAAUAAUAAUAAUAAUAAUAAUAAUAAUAAUAAUAAUAAUAAUAAUAAUAAUAAUAAUAAUAAUAAUAAUAAUAAUAAUAAUAAUAAUAAUAAUAAUAAUAAUAAUAAUAAAUAAUAAUAAUAAUAAUAAUAAUAAUAAUAAUAAUAAUAAUAAUAAUAAUAAUAAUAAUAUUUGAGAUAAAAAAAAUAUCUAAUUUAUAAGAAUUCAAAUUUUUAUAAAUAAAAUCUUUUAAAAUCUGAUAUAAUUAGCUGAAGAUCUCAUUAUUAAAAUUAUUAACUAUAUAGAGAAUAAUUAUUUGUAAAAUUUUACAUCAAAUAUAGGAUUUUUCUAAUAUUUUUGGUUACUCAGGUAAAAGGGGAAUUAGUGGAAUUCUCUCAAGCCUCCUCCAAGUCACUAAGUUAUGACUACAAAGCCCAAUUUACCAUUAAGCGUCUCACAAAAGAAGAUUAUUUUCCUUCAUCCGAAAACUUGGAUGAAGAAGGUAGUAAAUCACACUGCAUUUUUCAUCCAGAGAGCAAUUGAAAAUUUUUUUGAAACCUGCUUUCGCUUUUUUUUAUCUUUUACCAGGCUAUAGAAAUUCCUUUCCUGCUUGUGUUUACAAUAGAUGACCUGACUAUUUGAAAUGCUAUUGAUAAUGCAAUCAAAGUGUUUUUUCUUACUGAUAUUGCAAUCAACUUUAAUACAGGAUUUUAUAAAGGCGGAGCUGUUAUCACAAAACGCAUGCUCCAUCUCUGUCAUCAAGCAAAACCAUAAAAAAUACAAUACCUUUCGAUCGAGCAAAAAUAUUUCAUUACAGGUCUUUUUUAUAAAAAUAUUCUGAAAUUUAGGCAACAAUUAAUUAAAAGAAAUCUCAAGCUAUUCUAUUAAAUUUUAAAUAUAUAAGCUAAUAUAAUUAAAUUAGAUUCUUGCUUUCAAAUUUUUGCAAAUUAAAUAUGGAUUUCAAGAUUUAAAAGCAAAAAUUUAAAUAUAAAAUUUUUUUUUUAAAAUAUUUAUUAAAUAAAUAACCCACCCCAGCAAAAAAAUUACUCCCCCACAGAGGAAGUAGGAGUUAGAAAUCGCUAGGAAUUAUUUGAGAUUUUGAUUCUGGUUUGAUCUUAUAGCAACAAUUCCGCUUGAAGAUUUAUUUGAAGCCUUUAGGAUUUCAAACUCAAGUGCUACUCAUGCAGCUCAAAUUGUAAGAGUAAUUAAGAUAAAUAAACUUUUGAGACUCAUAAGAAUUUCAAAGCUCAAGCAAAUUAUUAUUGGCAUUGAAGAUUACAUUGCAAGCCAUACUUUAGCGAUAUUACUGGUUUUUCUCAGACUCGUAGUUUCAGCUUAUAUGGUAGCACACUGAGCAGCUUGUGUAUGGUAUUAUAUCGCUUCAAACGAUGCAGAGACCAACCCUGACACCUGGCUAAAUAACACCUAUAUGGAGAAAGAUGAUUUGACUGAGAUUUAUAUCACAGCAUUGUACUGAGCCUUCACAACAAUGACAACUGUUGGCUAUGGAGAUGUCUAUCCAAUUACACAAAACGAAAUCAUUGUGGCAUGCGCCGCUAUGGCUGUUGCUUGUGCCCUCUUUGGAUACACUGUGGGCAGCAUUGGCGCUCUUGUCUCUAAAUCAAAUGCUGAGUCUGAUGAAUAUCGCGAUAAGGUCUUGGCUAUUAAUGCUUAUAUGAAAAACAAAGAAAUUCCAGGUGACCUGAGAUUUAGGGUAAGAAGGUACCUAGAUUACAUCUGGGAAAACAAGAAGCAUAGCAUCAUGGGGGAAAUUGAAAUUCUAGGCCUAUUAUCAGAGCCGCUAAAGGAAGAAGUCUAUGUCCAUACAAGAGGAGAAAUUUUAUACACAUGCCAGGUAUUUAACACUUCUUUUCAAAAAACCUUUAUUUUGCAAUUAACCAAGAUUCUCGAGCAAAGAACAUUUGCCCCUAAUGACACUGUUUUUGACGAAGGAGAGAAAAGCCAAACACUGUUUUUCAUUAAAUCUGGAACAGUAGAACUUUAUCACCACCAGACUCAAUCAAUAUUCCAAGAGCUUAAAUCUGGUUCCCACUUCGGGGAAAUUGCUUUUUUUACUGGAUUUCCCAGGUGCUGCUCAUCAAAAUGUAUACCGUAAGCACGAUUUUAGAUCGACCUGAAACUCCUCCCUCUUCUCCACCCCAUCCCUUGACGGUUUUAGCUUUAUUGAAAUCUACAAAUUGAAUUUGACUUGUCAAAUCCUUAGUGAGUGACUUGUCAUUUUGAAUUAACAAUUUUGUUCAAAUUGAAACCGUCAAAGAGGUGGGGAGGGGAAGGGGAGUUUCAGGUCGAGCCAUACCUGUUCUGAAUGUAUACAGGAUUUGUAGAAACUUUGUCUCUUUCUCGAGAAAUGAUGGACUCUGCAUUAGAUAGAAACCCCGAUGCUGCACGAGCUUGUGAUUAUUUACAAACUCAAUGCCAUCAGGGUGAUUUAACUUCUCUUGGAAUCGUCUGCUAUUUGUGUGGAGGACUAGGACAUGUGUCAGCUUUCUGUAAGAAGGUAUUGCUCAACCAAACAGACGAUGUUGUCAAGGCAAAAUGGCUUAAGCAGAAAAGUGGUUUGACCACUGUGAUUAAUCCUUUUGAGCUUAAAAACAACCGAAAAAAGCGAAAUGUCCAUCAUUUCCGAUACCGAGCCUUCAAUGCUGUAGGAGCUGACAGAGAUCCCAGAACCAUUUUCCUGGAUGACCCUGCUCUUUCAUUUAAAAUCAACCGCUACUUUGAAAGAGAGUUCAGGAAAGAAAUAAAAAAUCGUAAAGGAGAUAAGAAUGACCUGAGGAAAACUGUGACAAACAUUGAUGAAAUCUUGUGCACAAGUGAACAGGAUGAGGAAAGGGAAAAUAUCAUAAACACUAUGUUCGUCAGAAGCUUCGAAUUUGAUAGAAGCCUGCUAUUCGGCUCUAGGCACAGCACCGCUAAAAGCGAUCAAGGAGAAGAAAUUUUGAUAAAGAGCAAAAGCAAUCCGCAAGAGCCAAAAGUGUAUCUUAACAUUCCAAGUCCAUCAAGAUUCCAUUCUGCAAAAGAGUACCUUAAUGUGCCUUCUCCAGCCAGAUAUAAUUCUGAAAGAUCGCUGCUCUACCACAAUAAAUGUAGUUCAGAAGGAGACCUGCUAAAAUAA